CAUUGUGGGUUUACUACUGAGGUUGGAGGUUGCCAAUUGGUUUGGUCGGUUUUGGUGUACUAGCAGCCCAUAUACUGUCUAUGCUAUCAGCAGAUGCCUUUAUGUCACCUCUCAGCCAACAUCUGGUUUUCUUUGAAUGAAGUUUGCGAUUAAGACAAGUUAGCAGCACACAAUGGAUUCCCCUGAAACAGAGGCUUCAACCCACAGUGAAAAAAGAGAAGACACUGCACCAAGCACAUCAAAUACAUCAGGUCAAGAAGAUGGACCAAAGCCAAAAAAGGUUUCUUUUAAGAGGACCACUGGUAAGCCUGCAAAUGCAAAAGCCAAGAAGCAUAAAAAGGCAAGAGUCUCCAGGCCUGCCCAGCUUGGCUACACUGUCCAUCAAGGGGAAGAUAUGCUUCUUGUCAUAUCAAGUUCUACUUCUCAGUAUGAUGGUUCAGCAUGGACUCCCCCAAAGAAGGGAAGCAAAAAGAAGAAGCUAACUAAAGUAAAAUUAAAAGCUAAUCAGAUUAAGAAAAAAAAGACAGUCCGUGCCAAGCCUAAACUGGCAAAUAAUCCAGUUGCCAAGGAAAAAGAGGACACUAAUUUGUUAAUGCUGCAGAACGCAACAGAUCACAGAUGGGGUCAAAGUCUUCCUGAGGAGGUGCUAAUCAGUAUUUUUCAGAUGGUGGUUGUCCAAGAUGGCGCUGUACCAUUCCUAUGCAGGGUGGGCAGAGUUUGUCGUCUGUGGAACGCUGCUGCCUCCAGUCCGGUCCUGUGGCGUAAAGUGACUGUGGGUCACUGCUGGAUUGCACCAGGGAAAACUCAGCUACCUAAAACUGAGAAGAAGAUUAAGGACACUUUUAACUGGCUGGCACAGAACAGAUUCUCUCAGCUACGAGACUUCUCUCUCUGUCACUGGACAAAGAAUGUUACCUAUGCAGUAGAGGUUGUGUCGCAGUUCUGUCCUCAGCUUCACUCCCUCAAGCUCUCCUACUGUACAGGCCUGACAGCGACAGCCUUCCACAGCCUUGGUCUGCACAGCCGGUCUCUGCAGAGCAUGGAUCUCCAGUAUUCAGAGUUUCAGGUUGAGGGACUCCUGGAGUACCUUGAAAAUCAUGGGAUCCAGAUCAAGCAAAUUUUGUUCACUCAUGGACUAAAGAAUGACAGACUACUGACUGCCAUCACUAAGGGAAACUGUCCUGAUUUGGAGUUGUUGGAGGUCAACACAAAGCUGGACAGUAAAGGCUGUGAACUUCCAAUUUGCAUCCAGGCACUACAGAUGGCAUGCCCUAAACUGAAGACCUUCCGGAUGCUGAAUGUCAGACCUCUGCAUAAGAUGAUGCGUAAUGGUGCAGAUUCAACAUUAGGCUUCCCGUUAUUGGAAGAGCUGUGUAUCGCAACCACCUCUUAUUCCUACAUGACCGACAAAGAUUUGUGGGAUAUCCUCUUUGGCUCCACCAGGCUGCGGGUGUUGGACCUGCGAGGCUGUUCUCGAAUCACACCAUUCGGUCUCGCAACACUACCCUGUCUUGAGCUUGAAUGUCUGUUCUGGGGACAGUAUUUCAACAGCAAUGUCACGUUGUCAUCACCUAAAAAAGGGCUUCACAUGGUGACCCAGAAAUGGAAUCGAACACUGCAACAGCUUGACAUCGCAAAUCAGCUCUUCACAGAGGAGGACUUGGAAAUAGCGAUGAGUCACCUUGCUCAGGCCACAGAGGCAGAUACCCUGCGCUCACUAAACCUGAGUGGGACCAGGAUCACACCACCUGCCCUCAGGCCAGUCAUUGGCCAGAUGACUGCUCUUAGCUACCUCAACCUUUCAUCCUGCCGUUAUCUUCCAAGGGGAAUGAAGAGAAUUUACCGUGGCCAAGAAGACAUUCGUCUGCUGCUGGACAAAUUGGAGUAGUCAAUGUUCAUAUUCAUUUCGUUCCAGAAAUGGCUUCAGGCAUACGUGCAUGUCUUAAAACACACCUCUUUGUGGAUAAUGUUGUUUAAGUAAUGUGGAUAUUUUACUCACAGGUCUUUUUGUAAAUGUUUUAUAUGAAAACUGUUCACACAAAACAGACAGUUCAUGCAAAAGCCCUUCUUAUCGUGCUAGAAAGCAAGGGUUUGGAAUCCAGUGACAAAGCCUGUUGCUGUUGUAUUAAUGUCAAUUAAUAAAAGGUAAGAUAAAUCUUAAAUCUACAUGUAGAUUUAAGGGGUGACAUUAACAUGUUGGAUUUUAAUACAUUUAUAGUCACCUCAAAUGUUCUCCUAAAAGGACAUCCAGUUGUGUAUACCUGGAUUUCUUUUAUAUAAUAUUUGACUUUUUCAUAUUUAUAUACUUUUUGCACCAAGUUACAAUAAUUCCAGACAAAACAAUCAAGAAAUAUUUGACAUUAAAAAUAAAUGUUAAUUAAUAAAUAAAUAAAUGUAAUUAA